AAUACAAAUAAUGGAGACGUAACGGCGGCGCGGCGGCGGCAGAAAUGGAAAUCGCCCAGAGAAUAUCUCACCGCAUAUUUCCAAGUUCGUUGAGGCGCGGCCUUACGAAUCCCAUUUCGAGAAAACCCUACUUGACCCGACCCGUAAUCCGACCCAUUACAACGCGGAACCGCAGCAGAUCCGGAUUGGCAGCCCGGGCGGGUUGGUUUCUGGGUAUGGGCGAAAAGAAGAAUGAGCUGCCGGAGAUCGUGAAGGCCGGCGACCCGGUGCUCCACGAGCCCGCCCAGGAGGUCGGGUUGGAGGAAAUCGGGUCGGAGCGGAUCCAGAAGAUCAUUGAUGAUAUGGUGAAGGUGAUGAGGAAGGCGCCUGGAGUUGGACUUGCCGCCACCCAAAUUGGGAUUCCAUUGAGGAUAAUUACUUUGGAAGAUACAAAGGAAUACAUUGAUUACGCCCCGAAGGAGGAUAUCAAGGCGCAAGAUCGAAGGCCUUUUGAUCUUUUGGUUGUGAUAAAUCCGAAGCUAAAAAAGAAGGGCGACCGAUCUGCCUUCUUCUUCGAAGGUUGUUUGAGUGUUGAUGGUUUUAGAGCAUUAGUCGAGCGACACUUAGAGGUUGAAGUUACCGGUUUUGAUAGAAAUGGAAAACCUUUAAAAAUAGAUGCUUCGGGAUGGCAAGCUCGAAUAUUUCAACAUGAAUGUGAUCAUUUGGAUGGAACUAUUUAUGUCGACAAGAUGGUUCCAAGAACAUUCCGGACUGUGGAAAACUUGGACUUGCCUCUUGCUUUCGGGUGCCCCAAAAUCGGCGUUCGAUAAUGCAUUUUCCAAAUAUGUAAAGUUUUAAAAAUCUCAUUGCGAUUAUUUGGAACAUUUCUUGUGCAAUGUUGCCGGUGAGCUCGAUUUUAUUGUA